CUUUGGCUCUGACCACGAUAUUUUAUUUCAUUUUGCUCUCGCCUUCUGUUUUGACUCUGAACCACAUCCAUGGCUUCUCUGCUAGCUAACGGCAUUUCAAGCUUUUCUCCACAACCCGUUUCGGAAUCUUCCAUGUUCUCAAAAGGGUUUCAUCCGAAACUCGAAAUUUUGAAGCUUUCGAAUCCGAAAUCCCCUGCUUCUAGAAGGGUCUUUAGGGUUCGUGCAGAUGUUGGCUACGACCAAAAGACCAUCAAUCCCGAUUUGGGUUCUUUACCAGGUAAGCUCUCGACUUCUUCUUCAACUAGGACGGACGAUAAAAUCCAAGAAAUUCUCCAUAACCGCGACUACGAUAAGAAAUUUGGGUUCAGCAUAGAUAUUGAUUCGUUUUCAAUUCCAAAGGGUUUAUCCAAGGAAACUAUUCGUUUAAUUUCUACGCUUAAGGAGGAACCCGAUUGGAUGCUUGAAUUUAGAUUGAAUGCUUUUGAGAAGUUCUUAAAGAUGAAAGAACCCAAAUGGUCGGAUAAUCGAUACCCACCAAUUGAUUUCCAAGACAUGUGUUAUUACUCGGCGCCUAAGAAGAAACCUACUUUGAAUAGCCUAGAUGAAGCUGACCCUGAACUCAUUAAGUACUUUGAUAGAUUAGGAGUCCCGUUGAACGAGCAAAAUCGAUUGGCUAAUGUCGCGGUCGACGCCGUUCUCGAUAGCGUGUCGAUCGCCACGACGCAUAGAAAGACUUUGGAGGCUGCUGGUGUUAUAUUUUGCUCGAUUUCGGAGGCGAUAAGGGAAUACCCUGAUUUAGUUAGGAAGUAUUUGGGAAGAGUAGUGCCUAGUGAUGAUAACUAUUAUGCGGCUCUGAAUUCCGCAGUGUUCAGUGAUGGUUCUUUUUGUUAUAUACCGAAAGAUACUAAGUGCCCGAUGCAAAUUUCGACCUAUUUUCGGAUCAAUGCUCUGGAGACAGGGCAGUUUGAGAGGACUUUGAUAGUUGCUGAUGAUAGGAGUUUUGUGGAGUAUUUGGAGGGGUGUACUGCACCUUCUUACGAUAGGAACCAGCUUCAUGCUGCCGUGGUGGAGUUGUACUGUGCGGAAGGAGCGGAGAUUAAGUACUCCACAGUGCAAAAUUGGUAUGCCGGGGAUGAGGAAGGGAAUGGAGGAAUUUAUAAUUUCGUUACAAAACGUGGCCUUUGUGCUGGGGAUCGCUCGAAGAUAUCUUGGACGCAAGUGGAGACCGGGUCUGCGAUUACUUGGAAGUACCCAAGCGUUGUAUUGGAGGGCGAUGAUACUGUUGGUGAAUUCUAUUCUGUGGCUUUGACUAACAAUCAUCAACAGGCGGACACAGGAACGAAGAUGAUUCACAAGGGAAAGAAUACGAGGAGUAGGAUUAUUUCCAAGGGUAUAUCGGCUGGCAAGUCAAGGAACUGUUAUAGGGGACUUGUUAAGGUUCAGUCAAGAGCAGAGAAUGCUCGAAACUCCUCGCAAUGUGAUUCUAUGCUUAUUGGUGACAAUGCCGCUGCAAACACAUACCCCUAUAUCGAGGUAAAAAAUCCUACAGCUCGCAUUGAACACGAAGCCAGUACCUCGAAAAUUGGUGAAGACCAACUAUUUUACUUUCAGCAGAGGGGAAUUGACUACGAGAAAGCCAUGGCUGCCAUGAUUUCUGGAUUCUGCCGUGACGUCUUCAAUGAACUUCCUGAUGAGUUUGGGGCUGAGGUGAACCAACUGAUGAGCCUGAAGCUUGAAGGAUCAGUGGGUUAGACAACUACGGAGAUGCAUCCAAGUAACCUUUAUGCUUAUGAAAUCAAUAUUUUUGUCGACCAAUAAAAUUUUUAAAUAGUUUGCCGGGCUCCUAGUUUGCGUCUAGUUACUUCAUGAAGUGGUUAGAAUAUGGAAAGGAAAAAUAUGUACAUAGUUCUGUGGUUGCAUCAUUGAUGGUGUAUCUAUCUUUAUGUUACUACUUACUGAAAUGACAAUGCUGUAUUCUAAAAACUAUGGUGCAGAAAAAUGUGCUUGUUUCUUAGCAAUAAUGUUAUAAUAUGAAAAGCCAGUUUAAGAUUA